UAUUGUAUUGUAUUUAGUCCAGUGAAACAAUAUUGUAUUGUAUUUAGUCCAGUGAAACAAUAUUGUGUUGUAUUAAGUCCACGAAACAAUACUGUAUUGUAUUUAGUCCAGGGAAGCAAUAUUUCAUUGUAUUUAGUCCAUGGAAGCAAUAUUGUAUUGUAUUUAGUUCAUGGAAGCAAUAUUUCAUUGUAUUUAGUCCAUGGAAGCAAUAUUGUAUUGUAUUUAGUCCAGGGACAGCCAAGCUUCAGUCCUCCAUCACUUUAAAAGUUGAACUAAGCCAUUUCCCAGCCUUGCCUGUCGUGGAAUUGUGGGAGUUGUAGUAAAGCGAAAGCUGGGGGAGUCAACCGAGGAAUAAACACUUUCUCUUCGCCAGUUCUCAAACAACAUACUAAGUGCCUCCCCCUGGAUGUCAUGGUCCCGCCCUCUGUUUCUGACACACUCCCUCCUUGUGUAUCUCCCUCUCACACACUGUCUCUGUCAUCCCCGCCUCCCCCCUUGCUCUCACACUCACACUGUUGUCACUGCCUUGGCUUCAGCCGCCUUCGACCCCCGCCCUCACUUCUCCCGGUGCCAGGAGCACAUUCCGGCCGGUUAAGGUCUGAAAACAAUUUUGCAAAAUACUUUUCCGGAUUUUAUUUGGAAACGGAUUAACAGCUGAAUUUACUGCAUUCUGAACAAAGGUAAGGUAGUGAGGGAAGAUUUCUGGAGACUGCAUAACAUCUGGACUCAGGGGAUGCAACAUGACCUCUGCUGCUGUAGAUGGUGGUGGAUCGGUGGGGGAAUUUGUCAGCAACGGAGUGGAAAAAUUGGAACAGGAAGAAGUUCAAGUAACUGAAUACCCUGCUGUGAUAGUGGAGCCAGUUCCUAGUGCCCGGCUGGAACAGGGUUAUGCAGCCCAGGUUCUGGUGUAUGACGAUGAGACCUUUAUGAUGCAGGAUGUUGCAGAAGAGCACGAGGUGGAAACAGAGUCUGUGGAAAUAGUGGAAGCAUCCGUUCAUGGCAGCAAUGUUCACUGCACAGAUAAGACUAUUGAGGCUGCGGAAGCACUGCUACACAUGGAAUCUCCUACUAUCUUGCGAGAUACCAGGAGCCCUGAAGUCUAUGUUUCCCCAUGUGUCUCGACUCCUGAAUUUAUUCAUGCAGCUAUGAGGCCAGAUGUAAUUACCGAAACAGUUGUGGAAGUUUCCACUGAAGAUUCUGAACCAAUGGACUCCACGUCCAUCCCAAUAUCUAUUGAGCUUGGAGAACCAAUGAAGAAGAAAAAAGCUGGCCGCAAACCAAAGAUGCAACAGCCUGCCUUUUCCAAUGGAUCCCCAGAACUGGGAAUCAAGAAGAAGCAAAGGGAAGGCAAAGGCAAUACCACCUACUUGUGGGAGUUCUUAUUGGACCUGCUGCAAGAUAAGAACACCUGUCCACGUUAUAUUAAGUGGACUCAGCGAGAGAAAGGGAUCUUCAAGCUGGUGGAUUCAAAGGCCGUCUCCAGACUGUGGGGAAAGCAUAAGAACAAGCCAGAUAUGAACUAUGAAACUAUGGGUCGAGCUCUAAGGUACUACUACCAGAGAGGGAUCCUUGCAAAAGUUGAGGGUCAAAGGUUGGUCUACCAAUUUAAAGAGAUGCCCAAGAACAUUGUGGUAAUAGAAGAAGACAAAGCAGAGCCCUGCAGUGAAGAGAUGGUGUCUCCCAUAGAUGACAAAUCAUUGGAGAGAGUCUCCAUCCCCACCGAAGGCAUUAUGAAAAUGGCAAUGCCAGCCAGGCUAGAGAAGAGCCCAACCAAGCAGAGUUCUAACAGGAAGCCAAGACUGGUCAGCUGGUCCUGUACUGCCAAUGAGGCUUCACCUCAUUCACCCACCAGCACCACGCCAACACAGAGGACUGUCCGGGUGGCCAUGCAAGUGCCUGUGGUUAUGACGUCUUUGGGGCAGAAGAUCUCCACUUUGGCUGUCCAGUCAAUGAAUCCAGGUUCUCCUCUGAUUGCAAAUAGCAGCCCAACAACAGCAUCAGCUCCGAAGGUUGUCAUCCAGAUAAUCCCAACAAUGCUACCAGCAUCGUCUGAAAGUGGAGACAAGUUCACCAUGCAGCCUGCCAAAAUAAUCACUAUUCCAACUUCCCAACUCACCCAGUGUCAGUUGCAGACAAAGCCUGGCUUGAGUGGGUCCGGGGGUCUUAAUCUUGUGGGAACCCCACUGACUGUGAGGGCACUUACCCCUGUUUCAAUAGCCCAUGGGACACCAGUUAUGAGAUUGGCAAUGCCAGCAGCACACCAGGCAAGGUGUCAGACUCCCCCGAGGGUCAUCAGCACCCUAAUCAAAGGACCUGAAAUCAAAUCAGACAUGGUAGUGGGCAGACAGGAAGGAGAGCUAAAAACAUUUCAGUUCAUUAAAGAUGAAAAUCCUGCAGACGGGGGCAAAACAGUUACCCACGUUGUUGUCGUCAGCACCCCGUCCACAAUCAACCUCCCUGUUAAUGUCAAACAAGAGACAAGUGUGAUAUGUGACAAGUGACAAAACAUCACUGCGCCACUUGCAUUUCGGCUAAAACUGACAUUUAAAAAUCAACCGCUGAUAAAACGAAACUUCUGGACAGAAAGAAGUGACAAAGUCCUUGGAGACUUUAAACAAAGACAAUAUAAAUAUACAGGAUUUAUAAAGAAAAACUUGACUGCAAAUGAAUUCUGUUCCCAUGUUUUCAUUGGGAUCUGUUCAUGUCAUGUCAAUGUUCCGAACGCAUCAGAGGGGGAAAAAAAGCAAACUGAAAGGGACCAAAGUGAUUGUUCAUAUCUAUUAUGUUUUUCAGUUUUUAUGUUUGUUUGUUACACUAAAUAUAAUGUGGAACACUAAAUGACAUCCCUGAACCACCACAAUUGUAAAUGGUAAGACAUGCGUGCUCCUGUGUGCAGACAGCUCUCACUUCAUCGGUGCUACACAGAAAAUAAGUAUUUUAGUCUAUGAGCUGUAACCACACGCACGCGGGAAAUAACGCCCAUUGAGUUGUUCUGAAAUACAAGCGCAAACAAAAUUCGGGAUAACACAAGCAGAUUUCAUAUCAAAGCCUUAGACUCGUUUUUAGUUGAAUUUUCUGUAAAAUAAGCUAACCGCUUGUUUAUGUAAAGCAAUUUUUAUACAUAUUAAAAAAUGUAAAAAGAGAAGAAAAAAAACCCAUUGUACCUAGCACAGUAUUGGUAUAGAAUUACACGUAACCUAUUUUAUACGGUAGUUAAAAGUAUGAUUUUUUUUGUUGUUCAUUUUUGUUAUAUCUCAGUCUGUUUUGGGAAGACCUGACGCAUCUUGAGCAGAAAGCUUUUCAUAGGAGGCUACAAACAAGGCCGUGAGACAGCAGCUCAGAGGAGCCUUUAAAUGUAACAUGCUUUUUUUUUGUUGUCACAAUCCCUUGCAUACAUUUGUUUUUUUUUUUUUGCUAUCCAUGUAAAAGGUCACCAUGAAGCAUGUGUCCAUUUUUUGGUUAUAAAGUUUGAAGCCUGCUAUUGUUUUAGUUGGAAGUGAUGAAGGUGGGUCGCUUAGGGGGAGGGAAUGGGGGAUAAAUACCAGUGUUCAGAAUGAACUAAAAUAGUUUGUAAAUUCAACAUUUGAAGUAUAUUCUAUUUUGUUGUACUCUUGUUUCAAAGUGUAUUCUAGUAGAUUUUACUGCAAUAUAGAAAAUGAAUUUG